UGUCAAAAGGUAUUUUCACUGGUGGCAUACCUUCGGAGCUCUUCAACCUUGGGGAUCUCACCAGCAUUGUGUUUCUCGACUCACGCCUGUCGGGGUCACUACCUGCAGCCUUAUCCAUGAUGACACAGCUCAAGCAUCUGGAUCUCCGGUACAAUAAUUUCUUCGGCCCUUUUCCUGACGUCAAACGCUUGGAUCAGCUGAGUUACUUAGACAUCGCUCACAACUUCUUUGCGGGAAAGAUCCCAACAACGGAUACCAUGAGCGGCUUGGAAUAUUUCAACCUAAAGUUCAACUACUUCACAUCUGGGACCAUUGGGGAUCACAUCUGUAAUCAGGCCGAGGUGUCGGUCGCUAGCAAUUGCUUGGACCCGGACAGUGUGCUGUGCCAGCUGGACGAAUCGCAGCUACAGGAUUGUUAUAUCUUCUGCGGGAUGGAUGCGCCCUCCUCCAUCCCCCUGUGACGGACAUGGGUACUGCUAUGGAGAGAACUUGAAUAUACCGUGGGGGGAGCAGGGCGAGAUGCAGUGCCAGUGCGCGGGUGGUUACACGCACGGUUCGUCAAGCACGUCCUGCGUCUCCACGCUGCAGAGCUCUCAGGUUGAGGUGCUGAACGGCCUGCUGCAGCUCUGGGGCUCAGCGCCUAACAGCGUGUGGCAGUCCGAAACCAUUGACUCCCUCAAAGAGCGCUUCGCCUCAAUCGAUGGCGAGAAUUUUAUUGUUAAGCUUGACUUAUCCAGUCAAACCCUGAGUGGAACCAUCCCAUCCAUUUUGACAGCGCUCUCUCGCCUCACGCAUCUAGACCUGUCACACAAUGAUUUAUCAGGAGAAUUCCCUCAGGGUCUUAGCACCCUACUCAGCCUUCACACCCUGGACUUGUCCUACAACCAGCUGUCUGGGUCGAUUCCGCCCUCCUUCAUUGAACUUCAGCGCCUUCAGACGUUGGACGUGAGGAACAACUAUCUCUACUCUGGCACUCUUCCCGCCACCAUGUGCACCUCAUCAGCGCUCACACUCUCCCUGCAGAGCAACUGCUUCCCCUCCAACGCUAUUCCCUGCGCCCUCGUCCACACCCAGCGGCCCUCUGACGAUUGCUCUGCCUUCUGCCACCUCUCUCCCUCCACCCCGCCCUGUGCCGACCGCGGCCACUGCUACUGGGAUUGGGUGGAAGGCACACGCACAGCCAUGUGUGCGUGUGAGGGGGGUACGGGAAAGGAGUGGAUCCUGCAACGUGUGCUUCCCUGCUUUCAUCCUCGGAAUGGGCUGCGUUGGAAACCCUCUCAGCUGCAUGGGGGGGCUUUGAUGGCUUUGGGACAUGGAAGAACAACAAUGCUUGGGAGCGCAUGAGUAACAUCAUAUGCGAUUCAACCAACCAUGUCAUGCAGCUCAAUGUCUCGGGGCUGGGCAUCCGGGGAUUCAUUCCAGACGCCAUCAGUGCCUUGGCGAGCUUGACUGUGCUGGAUUUGUCGCAAAACUACCUCACUGGUACCCUGCCAAAAGGCUUAAGCAUUCUUUCGAACCUCAAAACCCUGAACGUGAGAGACAACUACCUCUAUGCUGGCAGUCUCCCCACCACCAUGUGCACGUCAUCAGCGCUCACUCUCUCCCUGCAGAGCAACUGCUUCCCCUCCAACGCCAUCCCAUGCCCCCUCCACUCGCAGCGCUCCUCUGCACAAUGCUCCACCUUCUGUGGCCUCUCCCCUCCCUCCAAUCCGCCCUGUUCCAACCACGGCUACUGCUAUUGGGAUGGGGGGAAGCCGCAGGCAAAGCCACGUGUGCGUGCAAGAAGGGUUAUACACAGGGAAAUGUUUCCAGCACAUGCGUCAGCUUAUUGCCAAAACU